UUCAACUGGGUUCAAGCUUUUCAGUGACAAACUUUGAUGGGAAUACGGUCUGAUGGUUAGCCUUGAAAUGUUUUAUAUUAUCUAGUGACAUCAAGUUUAUAUCUUAUGACUAGCAUGACAAACUUUGAAAUCAUGCGUUUUUGCAAAUCAUAUAUUCGUGAAAACAGGACGACUGACUUUCAACAAGCUUUAUAACAGAAAUCAUGGAAAAUAUCGGAGUUCAAAUUAAUUUGUACAAAACAGGAAUUAUAUUCGCUAUUCUUGGCGUUAUCUGCUAUGUUUGGCGCUCAGUCGGUUAUCGUUGUUUCCGGAGAUUUUAUGCCUGGAAUAUUAACAGGGAGACAUACAUGAAUGAACUGUUAUCGGAAGAGAAGCUUUACGUUUUUCAAUUUUUGCACGAAUAUCAAGAAAAAGCUAAACCAACUCUAACCGUACUUGAAGUUGGAUCAGGCCCAGCUGUAAAUUUAACUUACUAUCCACAGAACACAAAAUUAAUAUGCUUGGAUCCGAAUUCACAUUUUGCAGGAUACAUUGAAGAAAACAUGAAGAAAUGUAAUAAUGUUGUAGAAAUAGACUUUGUUCAAGGAUUUGCUGAGAACAUACCUUUUGAAUGCGAACUAUUCGACGCGGCAGUCUGUUCUUUUGCACUGUGCACUGUAAAUGACAUUGGAAGGUCAUUGAAAGAAAUAAAGAGGGUUUUAAAACCGGGAGGGAAGCUAGUUUUUCUGGAACACGUAACUGCCAAAGAUAAAUAUUCAUGGACGUAUAUAUUACAACUUGCAUAUAUUCCACUGGCCUGGCUAAUCUAUGGCUGUCGCAGCAUAGUUCGAGACACUGAGAAGUCAGUCAGAGAUUCAGGAUUUUCAGAUGUUCAAAUGCAUUGUGUACGCCCCAAGUGUGCUCCUCUUUGGCUAAACACUUGUGUCAUGGGAAUAGCUACAAAAUAAUACCACAAAAUUCAUUAUUGUUCCUAGACUAAUUUUAAAUCUUUAGUUCAUCCUUUUUAAUAAAUAUUCCUUAAGACUUACUGUGCAAGAACUUGAUAUGAAUGGAUAUGAAUGGACGUUGAAAAUGUUUCUCAAUUGGUUUUUUUUUCAAGUCAUCCAAAGCUGAAAGAUUAUCUGUUUCACAAAUGAUAUUUCCGAAAGCAUCUUUGUGAUGUUUGGCCUCCGUGGCCGAGUGAUUAUGUUGACUUACCCAUCACCGCUGUAGAUUUGAAAAAUCGUUUUGGGUGUAGAAUUCUUCAUAUGAGGAAGCCGUCUAGCUGCAUUCUGGCCAAGGGAUCCACCUUGGUGAUUCGUCCAUCCCUGAAAAAAUUCACGGCGUCUCCCUCCAUCAUAUAACAGCUUUAAAAUCGCCAAAUGACCUACAAUAUCAUCGUGUAAAUGUGGUUAACCAAACAGCAUUUUAAAACUCUUAUUGACGAUAGGUUCAAAAUAGUACAUAGGAAUAAAUAUAUGUAGGGUUUAAUCAUAAACGAAGAAAAAAUAUGUCUUCGGCUUAUUCCUUCAUUUUUUCCACUUCUUUUCUUUUCCUCCUUCUGCUUCAGUUCAUACCAUGUGAUGAGUUCUUACUGGAUAAUGUAUUGGAAACUGUACGACUGUUUUGUACAAUGAAAUAUUUGUUUAUUGGACGUCGAAUUUAUGGGUUUAAUUGUUAUCAAACCCGAUCAGAAAGCAUGUGACAAGGCAAGAGUUAAAAUGCCUUUUAGUUACAGUAUAUUUGCAUUUAGGUUUAGUUAUGGUCAUUUCGAAUCAAGUUACGGUAAUAAAGUGGAUUGCGGUAGUGUCAGCAUCUUCGUCUCCAUUAAUACCAACAUGACUUAAAAUCCAACAAAAUGUAAUAGACUUUUAGAAAAAUAGAUCACGAACACUGAGAAGAAUAUUUUGAAUUAAAUGAUUUUCCAUAUUUCUGUCAAAAAUCGAAGGCAACAGAAAGUGAGCUGGAAAUUUAAUGCAAAGUCAAUAGCGUUUGCCUCGGCUGCAAACAUAGUUGCGUUAUAUGGCAAACGUAAUUUUCAUCGCUGAAGGUGGCUGACGGUAGCUGACGACAGCUUUCUUUUAAAUCGUCUUUAUCAGUCAGUAUGAUUUUAGAAAUAAUUCUUGUAAGUUUGAAAGUUGAUUUUAUUUCAUUAUAUUAAAUUUCGACAUUUUCAGAGUUAACUUCAAGGUACUUGAGGUUAGUUUUCAUAUAAAAAAGAAUUGUAGUGGAGAUAAUGGUCCACAAUGGUGUAUUCAAAAUUGAAUUUUCCUUUAAAGAUUUUAUCUGUGUAUUCAAAGUCUAUGUCAUGCACUGAAGGUUUAACGCGAAAGUACAAAACACAAUCAAUACCUUUUUCCCCACUCCUUCUGUUCUUUUGUUAUUCUUUUCAAACUCUUUACCCGUAGCUCAUGUUACAGAGUGUAUAUGGUAAAGCCGUUAAUCAGUACGUCAAAACUUUUCAGUUAGCAAUAUAGAGAAUCAAGCCAAAAUACAAAAAAAUGUCAACAUACGCGUAAUUUUCUAUUUUUGAAGACAUGUCAUACUAAAUGACCAUAUAUGGUUUCAAAUCAUUGAAAUGCUCUAAAGUACUGAAAAUGAGGUCUCGAGAUUUAAUUGUUUAUAUGAAAUAAAGAAUAUGCUCCGAAAUUGACGCUCGACGUUCAGACAUCUGGUCUGACUUCCAAAGCCUUCCUUUCAUGUGGACAUUUGAAAAACAGAGUCCACAAACAUAUACCUGUGACAACAGUUAAUUGAAAGAACUGGUAUUAAACCCGAAAUUGGUCAAUGUUAAGCAUUUCUACAGAAACAUUACUGUCUGUGAAAGGAGAGUGAACGUCAUAUAUAUUGAAAAAAGAGGUCAUUUUGAGCAUAUUUGGUAAAACUAAUACUUUUUCAAGAAUUGAAUAUUUUACAUGCCAUAUAUCAAAUGAAAGUUAUGAGUACACAUGUUCAUUGGCUAUACAGAUAUGCAAAGUAGUAUUACAUAUUUUGAGAAACCCUGUAUUUAGUCAGACAUAAUUAUUUGUACACAUUUAAUGUAUGCUACUGUAGCUCUAAGCAUGUGUAUAUAAAAUAUUUCAUGUUGAAGAUAUUCUACAGUUACAACGAGUGUGAUUUUCACAGAAUUUGCUCUAAAACUACGUCUUUUUUUACAAAAAAAACUUCGUUCAGUCACCUAAUUAAACUUAACAAAACUUCUUUUUACUGGGAUAUUUUACAAAAUUAUGAUUUUGAUUUUGGUCUCUGUAAGUGUCGUCGGAAAAGGUAGAUGACACGUAAUGUACAUUCAAUUUGGUAGUGGACAUAUUUUACCGCAUAAGAGGAACAACAACAAAAACAACAAAAACAACAACAACUGAAAAUAAUAAACAGUGUAGAUUUAUUCUUCUUUUUUUCUUCAAAAGUUGUGCAAAUUAACAAAUUAAACAUUGAAUGUAUUGAAAGCUGUAGUAUUGUUAAAAAGUGAAAAAGUUAAAAACUGGUGUCCCAUCUACACAUGCUGAACAGAAGUUAAAUAAAUGCUUUAAAAAUGCAAAACUGGCCGUUACUUGACACUUUAGCGUUCUUAAGCAGUAAACCUCACUGUGUAGCGUUAAUCUGUUAAUCUCUCAAAACUUGUGUGUAAUUUAGUGUACACUGAAAUCGUGAAGACACCAGGGGUCUCCGUAUUAUUCAAUUCAAUUUGAAUGCACGAUCAAAUAUCAGUGUAAAAACGAACAUGAAGAUAAUAUAUUCUAUUUCAAAUUCGUUUGCAGAUUGCAUUAACGUUUAUAAUUGAUAAGCUUAUGGAUUUCAUUGGGAUGGUAAAAUUUUAAUCGGUCUGUCUACAUCCAAAAAUAUUAAUUUCCUCGUUAUAUUGAAACUGUAAAAUAGUCAUUAAAAUCAUAUCUUUCAAUGAUAUCAAGCACAUGUAAUGUGGGAAUUGUAGCUUCAAGUAACUGUACGAAAACGUCACACUGAAUUUGUUACGAUUCGAAUGAUUUCUUGAAUUCCACGUGACAUACGCAGAUUCUUGUUCGUUCAGAAACGCGUUGUAUUAGUUGUUUUAGAUCAUUACUGCCAUUCAUUAUUACACUGUCAUACUUAUGAAGUCUUUAUCAAUCAAAUACGCUUCCACGAAAUGCAUAAUAGCUUCUCAUUUUAUGGGUAUAGUUUUAUUAAACUUAUAUAAAUGUUUCUGUUUUAUGUUUUUUGCCAAGGAAAAAAACUUUUUGUUAAUUUUGUGAAAUGUCGAACAUAUUCAUGUUGAAAGGAUUAAACAAUCUGUAGAAACACAUGGAACAAAAGCUUGCACAUCUGAGUUUCUUUUUAUUGAAAUUGUUAGUGACAUACACUAAUUUUGCUAUUUUAUCUAAUAAAGGGAAAUAAGUUUUAUUA